AUGGAUCCGUAUAUUCGAUUGAGAAUUGGACAUACUUUAUUUGAAACACCAACUUGCGUUAAUGGAGGGAAGGCUCCACAUUGGAAUCGAACAGUUAACGCUUAUUUACCUGAAGGAGUUGAAUCAGUUUAUUUGCAAAUAUUUGAUGAGCGUGCUUUCACCAACGACGAAUUAGUUGCAUGGGCACAUAUAAUUCUCCCUCAAGGAAUUUUUAAUCGUGAAGUAAUUGAUGAAUGGUAUCAACUUUCUGGACCUCAAGGAGAAGGCAAAGAAGGAGUUAUAAAUUUGGUUGUGUCUUUCUCACAAGUUCCACGUCCACAAAAUCAAGGGGAGGAAAGAGCUAUUAUUAAUGCUCCUCUGUUCACUGAAGAGGAAUUAAAUGAAUUGGCAGAAAUGUUUCCAACUAUUGAAAGAGAAGUAAUUAAACAAGUUUUGGAAGCUAAAGGAGGUGUUAAAGAAGCUGCUGUAACUGCUUUGUUAGAUAUUUGUGGCUAA